AUGGAGCUUGCUCCCAUCUUUAAGAAGGCCUACUGGCUCCUGGCCGCUUGCGGUCUCGUAUAUGUCCUGGCCGUGUUGUCCUUGACAUAUCCAACGGUCCAGAGAGGGGUGCUAUACUCCAAUGGGAUUAAUCCUUCAAAGUGUCAUGACCUGAACAACGUCGAAUGCUUUGGAUUCUUGAAAUCCCAGGUGCAGCCAUUCAACCUUGUUACGCCUGAUAAUGAGACGCUCUAUUCAUGGCACAUUAUUCCUCCGCAUCUCUACAGGGACUAUGAGAAUCUUCUCCUGCAGAAUCCCCCGUCCGGACUAGCGGAAGACGUUACCAAGACGGCAGCUUUCCAGCUGCUGGCUAAGGACCCAAAUGCACGAGUAGUGCUGAACCUUCACGGCAAUGCCGCUGAUAUUGGAACCGGUUAUCGCCCCAAGGUUUACCAAAACUUCCUCUCCACGUCCACUCCAGAUCGGCCCGUCCAUGUCAUUGCAUUUGACUAUAGAGGAUUUGGGAAAUCCACAGGCAAGCCCACCGAGGAAGGCCUCAUUACAGAUGCCCUGACUGCGGUCAACUAUCUAACCUCCCCUCCUCUUUCAAUUUCAACCGGAAGAAUCAUCGUUGCAGGCCAAAGUCUUGGUACAGCAGUCGCAAGUGCUUUGGCUGAGCGAUACACUUUUGGAAAUCCGUCGUCAGGCUUAUCUACGGAAACGGCCAAAGAGCCGUUUGCAGGUAUCAUCCUCAUGGCACCAUUCACCAACAUACCGCAACUCUUACAUACUUACUCCAUCCUGGGAUUCAUUCCACCAAUUCUUUCCCCAUUGCUUCAAUACCCCCAGCGGAAGAAGUAUAUACUUGAUAAAAUUCUUGACAGAUGGGACACGGCAGCUAGACUUGCAGCUCUAACAGGCAUUGCUCCAAGAGAGCACAGCAAUACUGAACACAGCCAUGAGUCACAGUCUUUCGACCUGACAAUUAUCCACGCUGCAAACGACCGUGACAUUCCAUGGCGCGAGGGAAAGAGUGUAUGGGAUGCAGCAACCGGUGGGCCAAAUGCCGCUGACUUGGGGGUUCUCACACACAACCAUACAUCAGAAGAUGGAGUCAUCCAAUCCUAUGUUUGGGAGCGAAACGAUGGUCCAGGAAAAGCUUUGAAGAGAGUUCGGUGGGAACGGGUUAGAUAUGGAGGCCACAAUGAAAUUGGAACUCUCAAUAGCGUUGCGGUUGCGGUUUUGAGGCUCCUCGACAAAUAG